AUGGAAAAAUCCAAAAAUUUCCGCAUCGACGCGCUGCUGGCUGUCGACCCCCCCAAGGCGGCGGCGGGGCAGAGCGCGCCGCUGGCCCUGGUCACCUCGCUGGGCGGCAGCGGUAGUAGCAGCAGCGGGAGCGGCAGCCCUCCGUCCUCGUCCUCCUCUUCCUCGUCCUCUUCAUCCUCCUCCGAGCACCCCUCGGGCGGCCCCGCCGACUGCCUGCGUACCGACAGCCCCUCUCCGCCGCGCCUCCUGGCCGCCCACUGCGCCCUGGUCCCCAAGCCCGGCUUCCUGCCCGGGGCGGGCACGGGCUCGCACCCGCACCACCACGCCUCGGCGGCCGGCAUGGCCCUGGGACUGCACCCCGCGGCGCCCGGCGGGCCGGGCAUGCCGGCGCAGGCGGCUCUCUACGGGCACCCGGUGUACGGGUACUCGGCGCUGGGCGGGCAGCACCCGGCGCUCUCCUACCCCUACUCGCAGGUGCAGGGAGCGCACCCCUCCCACCCCGCCGCCGACCCCAUCAAGCUCAGCGCCGGCACCUUCCAGCUCGACCAGUGGCUGCGGGCCUCCACCGCGGGCAUGAUCUUGCCCAAGAUGCCCGACUUCAACUCCCAGGCGCAGUCCAACCUCCUGGGGAAGUGCCGCCGACCCCGCACGGCCUUCACCAGCCAGCAGCUGCUGGAGCUGGAGCACCAGUUCAAGCUCAACAAGUACCUCUCCCGGCCCAAGCGCUUCGAGGUGGCCACGUCGCUCAUGCUGACCGAGACACAGGUGAAGAUCUGGUUCCAGAACCGGCGCAUGAAGUGGAAGCGCAGCAAGAAGGCGAAGGAGCAGGCGGCACAGGAGGCCGAGAAGCCGAAGGGGGGCGGCGGCGAGGACAAGGGGGAUGAGGACCUGCUGCUGCCCGCCCCGGAGAAGAGCGCCGGCAGGAGGAUGCGGGAGCUGCCCGACAGCGAACCUGAAGACGAGGAAGAGGAGGAGGAGGAAGAGGAGGCGGCGGCGGCCGGGAGAUGCUGCCCGUACCACUCCUCCGACUGUUCCGAGGCGGACGAGGAGGACACGCAGCCCCGGGGCCGACACGGAGCCCCGGCGCAGUCCCAGUGAACCCCCCGCGCGUCCAGCUCCUCCAGCCGUCCC